AGUGCUUCAGAAUAUGUUGGUGCAAUAUUAAUAAUAAUUGCAUGCAGAUAGAGACAGAGAAAGCAAGGAUUUUCUUGACGGAGGGAAGUACAGAAUUAAGAUGAAGUUCUUUCUUUGGACAACUGUACUGAUUUUAUGCUUGCUGCCAUCAUCCUUUGGGUUUUCCUACAACCAUAAUAAACUUCAUCCAAAAAAGUUUGAACGAAUAAAGAAAGAAAUAGCAAGUUACAAAGAAGUUGCUAAUGCUAUAAUAGAACUUGCUGUUCAUGGCAGUGCCCAGAACAGGUCAUAUAACAGACUGGCGAAGUUUGUUGACACAAUAGGUAAUAGAAUGAGCGGUUCUGACAACUUGGUAAAUGCCAUUAAGUACAUGUACAAUGUACUUCAUGAGGACAAACUACAAAAUGUUUCCUUAGAACCAGUAAAAGUGCCACAUUGGGAGCGCGGAGAAGAGUUCGCCAUGAUGCUAAAACCAAGGAACAAAAGUAUUGCUAUAUUGGGACUUGGCAGCACCAUAGGAACUCCACCUGAAGGUAUAUCCGCUGAAGUCAUUGUAGUGUCGUCUUUCACUGAACUUCACAGCAGAGCCAAGGAGGCUAAAGGGAAAAUUGUUGUUUACAAUCAGCCAUUUGUUAGCUAUGGAGAAACUGUGCAGUACAGAGCAUAUGGUGCAUCAGAAGCUGCUAAAGUUGGUGCAGUGGCAUCUUUGAUCAGAUCAAUAACACCGUUUUCUAUUUAUAGUCCUCACACGGGAUGGCAGGAUUACCAAAAAGAUGUGCCUAAGAUCCCCACAGCUUGCAUUACAAUAGAAGAUGCUGAAAUGUUUGCACGAAUGGCUUCAAGAGGUGAAAAGAUAGUUGUUCAGCUGAAAAUGGGAGCAGUUAAUCAUCCAGACGCAGAUUCAUUUAAUACUGUGGCGGAGAUCGUUGGCAGCAAGUAUCCUGAACAGGUUGUAAUUGUCAGCGGACACCUGGACAGCUGGGAUGUUGGACAAGGAGCAAUGGAUGAUGGAGGUGGAGCCUUUAUAUCAUGGGAAGCACUGUCUCUCAUUAAAGAUCUUGGUCUGCAGCCUAAAAGAACCGUUCGUCUAGUACUUUGGACUGGGGAGGAGCAAGGAGGAGUAGGAGCUGGUCAAUAUUAUGAAAGGCACAAAGGAGACAUUUCUAAUAUGGACUUGGUAAUGGAGUCUGACAUUGGUACAUUUAUGCCAACUGGAAUGCAGUUUAGCGGAAGUAAUGAAGCACGAGCCAUCAUGACCGAGAUCAUGCAGCUACUAAAGCCAAUCAAUCUUACAAACCUUUAUGAUAAUGCUGAAGGCACUGACAUUAGAUACUGGAUGCAAGCUGGAGUUCCAGGUGCGAGUCUCAUUGAUGACAUAGAGAAAUAUUUCUGGUUUCAUCAUUCACAAGGAGAUACUAUGACAGUUCAGAAUCCAAUCUGGAUGAACCUCUGUGCUGCUGUUUGGACUGUUGUUUCGUAUGUUGUGGCUGAUUUGGAAGAGAUGUUGCCAAGGUCAUAAAAAGCAAGACAGCAGGCUCCUAUUCUUCAAUGUGAACUGCAAAAUCCGUAUAUUCAUAUAUCUGUUUUUCCUAUCAGAAAGUAAAUCAUGCUCUUUUUUUAUUAUGUAAAAUUGGGCUAUAUUAUAUUACCACUGAAAAUUGAUUCCUUCAUAUCCAUUUGCUUGCUUUAUAAUUCAGUUUUUUUGUCAUUGAAUCAGAAGGUGAUUUGUCUGUCCUGCUCUAUUUUAAUAUUACUGUCAGAAAUAAAUA